AUGAGCGGCCUCAUGAGAACCGGCAUGUUCCGGGCAGUACGCCCAGCCGCACGCAGCGCGACAUUCGUGGCACGUCCAGUAGUAGCAGCGUCCCUCGCCAGCCGUCGAAACUUCACAUCAAGCCAGCGAUGCCUGUGUUCAGGCUGCACGGGCUCAUCGGGUCAUAAAUGCUCCCGCCAUACCGCAAGAGCCGCCGCCAACCUCACAGCCAGUGUCAAUGCCAAGAAGAGCAUAGGCAAGGCAGCGCCAUAUGCCACAUCAAGUGGCCCUGACAUCCCGACCGAGCAAUGGGCACAAGUGCUGGAGGAGACGGGUGGCCGCGUGGUCUACAAGAAGAUCCCUGUUCCGACACCCGCUUCAGACGAGGUGCUCAUCAACAUCAAAUACAGCGGUGUUUGCCACACCGACUUGCACGCCGUGAAUGGUGACUGGCCGCUGGCUUCCAAGAUCCCUCUUGUGGGAGGGCAUGAGGGCGCAGGUGUUGUGGUUGCGCGAGGCGAACUGGUCCAGGAUGUUCAGAUUGGUGAUUACGCCGGCAUCAAGUGGCUGCAUGGCUCGUGCAUGAGCUGUGAGCAGUGCCGCCAGUCCAACGAAUCUCUCUGCUCUGAAGCCUCGCUGUCCGGCUAUACCGUCGACGGAUCAUUCCAACAAUACGCCGUGGCCAAGGCUGCCCACGUGGCACGAAUCCCUAAGGACUGUGACCUCAAGGAGGUGGCGCCUAUUCUCUGCGCCGGAUUGACCGUCUAUAAGGCGCUCAAAUCGUCCAACGUCCGACCUGGACAGACCGUCGCUAUCGCCGGAGCGGGCGGUGGCCUUGGAGUCUUCGCUAUUCAAUAUGCCAAAGCUAUGGGCCUACACGUCAUUGCCAUUGAUGGGGGUGAAGAGAAGCGCAAGGUCUGCCUGGAGCUGGGCGCCGAUACCUUUGUUGACUUCAAGACAACACAGAAUUCCGUCGCUGACAUCCGAGACGCGUCGGGCGGACUGGGCCCUGACGCGGUAUUGCUUCUGGCGGCCAGCGAGAAGCCCUUCCAAGAAGCAAGCCAGUAUGUUAAGAGCAAGGGCUCUAUUGUGUGUGUCGGCCUACCAGCCGAUGCAUUUGUCAAGGCGCCCGUCUUUGAUACCGUCGUUCGAGAAAUCAGCAUCAAGGGAAGCUACGUCGGUAAUCGACAAGAUACUGCGGAAGCCAUUGAAUUCUUCAGGCGAGGGCUCAUCAAGGCACCAAUUGAGGUCGUUGGCUUGUCAGAACUCCAGAAGGUGUAUGACUUGAUGCAGAAAGGAGCAGUUACCGGUCGCUAUGUUGUUGACACAAGCCGGUAA